AUGUCUAGCGCAAAAGACGAUCCCCAGAACGCGUACCGCAUGGACAACUCGGGCUCCGUCUUUGCCAACAGCUUCUUCCCUGUGACCAAUGUCCGCAAGAGCCGCAACAAGUGGGUACGCGACUGGGACAAGGGCGUCGCCGAGAUCUGUUCCCUCGAACGCGACGAGGAGAAGGACUGGUCAGAGGGCAGCAUCUCCGUGUUUGGCUUUCUCUCCGUAAAGCUCAACAUCAGUCGCCGCAAGAAGCUCGACCGACGCGACCAUUUGACCAUCCGCCAUGCUAGGGACGAUUGCGCGAAGCGGUACGAAGACGUCAUCAACAUCCUGAGGACUGUGAAGGACACUAGCGUUAGCCGGGGCGAUCAACGCGAGUGGUUCUCGCUCAUCAGCAACACGUCGAGAAGGGAUAUCAUAUGCGAGGGUUUCGAGGAGACAUGCUGGAAAUCAUUCUUCGGCCAGGACGGGCGCAUGCUCUGCCCCGAGCUCACCACUGCCGAGCUCACGAGGGAUCGGGGACAGGGGCUUUUCGACUUCUUCGAUCGAUGUCUCUUGGCGGGCAACGCGGGCGGUGUUGAGAACUUCGAGAACGUUAUCGUCCGCAGCGAUUGGUGGAGAAGCGCGGAGGGAGACGACAAGAUGCGGGCGCUCAACACGACUCUGGAGAUCAGCAAGUGGUGCUACGAAUACUGCACUUGCGUUCGCUAUAUGUUCCUCCUCGACUUCAUCUUGCUUACAUUGAGGCCUAUAGUGGACAAGUGUCAAGGCGUCACCCAAGCCCUCACUGAGGAGUCCAUGGUCGCUAACAGAGUGCUCUGGAACCUCGGGCCAGCUGCAGCCCAGGAUCUCUUGAGUGAGCAGAAGAACGUGAACAGCCGCUUCGCACUCGGUUGUGAGCACUGCGGGCACAAACGGACGGAUCGCGGAGCCAAGAAGUACAGAGUCUGCAAGAAGUGCAAGCAAACUCUGAACUUCAAUGUCCCCUACUGCUCGAUGAGAUGCCAGAAAGCGCAUUGGCCAGAGCACAAGCCUCGCUGCGGUAGAGAGAAGGUGUCGAAGAGCCGAGACGCUGGCCGCCCGGAGUACAGCUACUCGGUCGCGCUGCAGCUCCAAAUGAUGAUGCAUGAGAACCAUCCGGUCGACUACGUUCUAUUCAGCCGCGAUACCAUUCCGACGGGGUAUAUGGCCGCAUUUCAAGACCAAACCAAGAGUGAUAUGUUUGGUGAUCUACUCGACGUUCUGGUUGUCGACGCUGAUAAGCCCGGUCUGGACGUAAUUGCCAAGUGCCUCGUCGACGCUGUGGAUGAUGACGUGACUCUCCAAUCAGGGAUUACACGGGAAGAUGUUAUAAUGCAACUCACGGAGGAGUUCGAGAUUGACGUGCGUUCGCAACUGGAAGCGCUUGAGGCUAAGUUAGCUGUGGAGAACGAUGAGGAAAGGUACAAGGGGAUGCUUAUUCAGGAACUCGUUGAGUAUGACGACGAGGAUUAUUCUUCUGACGAGUCAGAAGAGUCGUUGGACUAA